GAGCCGGUCCCGGAGACCGAAAAGUUUGUUCUUAUAUUGAUAAUAAGCGCGCCUUUCAACCUUGAACAAAGAUACGCCAUUCGACAGACUUGGCUGUCCGUCUUCAUCAACCAUUCUGUUGCACAAGAUCAUUCAAACGUACGAAUCUUGAAGGACCCUAUUAACUCUACCAAUAACCUACUUAUCCAGUAUUUCUUCGUCUGCGGCCACAGCCAAGAACAAGAGGUUGAAACUGUGGUGAAAAGUGAAAGCAUGAUUCAUGGAGAUAUUCUAAGAUUAAACUUCACAGAAUCAUAUUCGUUGCUGGUACAAAAGACUCUGAAUUCGCUGAGAUUUGCCUCAGCAGUAAACGUCAAGUUUGUGGUCAAAGUAGACGACGAUGUGUACCUGGAUGUCCGAAGGAUGGUUUGGCGAUUGCAAACUACUUCUUUACCUGACAUGUUGUUCGGAGGAACUCUGCUUUAUAAUUCACCUGCCAUUCGAGACCCGGGCCACAAGUACUUUAUCAGUUAUGAGGAUUUCAAUGGCACUUCAUAUCCUGUUUAUCCGAAUGGUCCAUUUUACAUCAUGUCUAAAAAAGUUGUUCUCGAGUUUCUCAACGCGUCUAAAAACAUUCGCUCAUUUAAAAUGGAAGACGCGUAUUUAGGAGUAUUGGCUAAACAUCUAGGUAUUGUUCCUACCCAGCUUGAUGGAGAAGGAACUUUGAUCAGACUAUGGCUUCCUCGAUUGGAGAGAACUUGGGAUGAUGCAGCAUUGAAUGCAACUUUUGCAGUAGGGGAUAGCUUAUCACCUGAACGGCUGUUUGCUUUUCACGAAAGAUAUCUAAAGCUUGAAACCGGUUUUAAUUGA